ACAUCUCGCUUUUCUUGCAGAUUAUCUCUCCAAAGACGCCAUGGCACGACGCGUGCGGAAUAGCAGGGCCUGGCAUUACGUCUUGAGUGGCGUGCGGCGAGAUGCGGAUUCGCGGGUGGUAGCGUUGGCAUCCGGAGCGCGUGGCUGGGCGUAUGAUUCUGAUGGGCAGCACAGCGACUCCGACUCGGAGCCAGAAUUUCCAUCUCUGUCACCGUCCGUCCCCACCGCCAUCCCCGUGACCGGAGAGUCCUACUGCAACUGUGAGAGCCAGAACGAGGCUCCGUACUGUUCCAGCCUCCACGCCAUCCACCGGAUCAAAGACUGUCAGUGCGGCGAAGAAGACGAAUAUUUCGACUGGGUGUGGGACGACAUGAACAAGUCGACGGCCACGCUGUUGUCCUGCGACAACCGCAAGGUGAACUUCCACACGGACUACAGCUGUGGCACCGCCGCCAUCCGCGGGAACAAGGAACUAGCGGAAGGGCAACAUUUCUGGGAGAUAAAGAUGACGUCGCCAGUCUACGGCACGGAUAUGAUGGUGGGCAUCGGGACUUCAGAGGUGAAUCUGGACAAGUACCGACACACAUUUUGUAGCUUGCUGGGUAAAGACGAAGACAGCUGGGGGCUCUCCUAUACAGGGCUCCUCCACCACAAGGGGGACAGAGUCAACUUCUCAACUCGGUUUGGCCAGGGCUCCAUCAUCGGGGUGCACCUGGACACCUGGCAUGGAACUCUGACUUUCUUCAAAAACAGAAAGUGCAUCGGAGUCGCCGCCACCAAGCUGCAGAGCAAGCGGUUCUACCCCAUGGUGUGCUCCACGGCCGCCAAGAGCAGCAUGAAAGUCAUCCGCUCCUGUGCCAGCCACACCUCCCUGCAGUACCUCUGCUGCUACCGCCUCCGCCAGCUGCUCCCGGACUGCCUGGACACCCUGGAGGCCCUGCCCCUCCCUCCGGGGCUGAAGCAGGUCCUGCACAACAAACUGGGCUGGGUGCUGAACAUGAACUGCGGCUCCACCUCCCCCUCUUCCCCCCCCUCUUCGGGCAGCGACUCGGACAGCUCCUGCAGCUCUGAGGCCGAGGCCUGCCACCGCAAGCGAUGCCGGAGGACGUAACAGGGGUUCUCUCGAAAGACGCGCCGGCCACAUUGACCGAGGAGCCUCCCUGUCGAGGUGGCCCAAGCAGGCGUCUCUCCGGAAAGGACAGUGCUCUCUGGCGGAACCAUCGCUUUGCCCUCCCCGAAGGCCCAGCCCUGCGAGUCUUCUGCUCGGGAAGACAAAGCCGACUCUUGCAGCCCCGGCUCUUGGUUCACCAUCUGCAGUUGACAUUUCUGCUUGGGGCCGGACAACAGCGACGUCGGACUCUUUUCUGUGUGUCUGUGAGAGAACGAGAGGCCUCACCUUUGUGUACAUAUCUCCAGUGCUUUGCCACGGACCGCUCGGAGUAUUGUCCCUCGAGAGUGCUCUCCUGCGAGCUCUGCAAGCUUUGUAAAUUUUCGCUUUGCAUGCCUGUAACUGCAGCUUUGCUCUUGCCGAUCCAUACCAGAGGGAGAAAACUUAGAAUCUGAUUAAACCCACUGUACGUGGGCCACACUCACGGUUUCGUUCUGCUUUGCUUUCCAGCACAAGUCUGUGCCUGAAGGUCUCCGUGUCGCUUAGGUCGUGUAUCAACAAAGAGAGAGCUACUGAGUACACUGCAAAUGCAGUGAAAUGCAAGUCUGUGAAUUAAAUUGGGCGUUCAGUUCAA